GUGGUAGAUAGGUAAUGUAUUUAGGUUAAUCAUUAACUUUGAGGAGGGGCAUAAUCUCAAACAGAGAAGCAGAUAAAACGCACAAACACAAAGCUUAUUUUCGGACAUGUUUUCUCGCCGCCUGGUUGUAGAGGAUGUACAACGCCUGAAAUAAGAGAGAGCAAACUAUGUCUCCUAUUGGUUCAUAACUGACGGAAGCAGUUGAGUACUCAUUGGCUCGAAAAUGCUGCCUCUGAAACACGUAAAUGGUAAAGAUGGAGAAGAUGAAAGCAAUGUUCCUCUGUUAUGUGAAGACAGCAGUUCAGAAAGCCUCACCACACAACACCGGAGGGCAGAGUCCAGGGAAUUCAUCUUCAGCCGGAGGAACAAUCUCAUUUUAAGCGUUGUUUUGUUGGUGAGUUGUUACUCUGCACUUCUGGUUCCUGCGUAUCUACCAACCCCAGAGCUGAUCUGGACAAAUGACAGUUCUACUGAAAUAUCGGCUCUUCUGAAUCACUCAGAAGCUCUGCUGUCUCAGUCAUGCCGCAUUGGAUGGACCGUGGAGAGGCUUAGGAAACUGUCUACACCUGCUGGACUCCUGAAGAUUCCUGUAUUCCUGGAAAAUGGUACGGGUGACUGGGCGUUGCCACCUCCUCUGGGUUUGAUGGGCAUUGAGGAGAUGGUGUCUCAGGCCCUGAGAGCUUUACCGCACACCGGAUUACCUUCUGGUUCAGAGACCUGCAAGAGAUGUGUGGUGGUUGGAAGUGGAGGGAUUUUACAUGGCAAAAAUCUCGGACCUCAUAUCGACCAGUAUGACAUUAUAAUCAGAAUGAACAAUGCCCCAGUUUUUGGAUUUGAGAGAGAUGCUGGCUCCAGAACGACAAUUCGUCUCAUAUAUCCAGAAGGAGCUCCUUCCCUAUCUCAGGAAUACAAGAACACUGAAAUGGUGGCAUUGGUCAUAUUCAAGAGCUUAGAUUUAGCUUGGCUCACCUCUGUAGUAACCAAAAACCCUUUAAGUUGGUGGUCUAAAUUGUGGUUCUGGAGGGAUGUAAUAGACUCAAUUCCUCUUCAACCAGAAAACUUUCGCAUUCUGAACCCUGAAAUCACGUACAGGACUGGACAGGUACUGCAAAACUAUGCCGAGCAACAGCGAAAGAUGGUACCGACACUGGGGAUAAUCGCAACAGUUCUGGCCAUGCAGGUGUGUGAUGAAGUGAGUCUUGCUGGAUUUGGAUAUGACAUGCAGCACCCCGGAGCUCUGCUGCAUUACUAUGGUUCAAUGCGCAUGGACUCCAUGAAAACCCAGGUGGUUCAUGAUGUCAGUGCCGAGACCAUAUUACUUCGUGAACUAGUUAAAGCUGGAGCUAUCCAUGACCUGACGGGUGCAUUAACAUCAGAGACCAUUCGUUCACCUCUUUCUUGAUUAAACAUGACAACGUCAAAAGACAAUAACAUAAUCAUUUAAUUUAAAUCAUUUACUACUAAAAUACUACUAUACAUCAAAGCUACCGUAAUUCAAAAAAAUAUCUGUUAAAAAUUUUUUUAUGGAAAUUACAGUAUUACCCUCAGCUGUUUGGCAGUAACUUACUGUAGAUUUACUGGCAACAGUUUGAUCAAAGUUAAAUAAACAUUAAAAAAUAACAAAACCUUUACAGGAAAAAACUAUAAAAAGUACAUUGUUAUGCGUUUCUGGAAACCAAAUUCAGGAAAACUGAAAAAGGUUGAUGGGGAUUUCUGGUUCCCAAAUAGAAAAAGAAAGGUCC